AAACUUUUCUCGUUUUAAGUGAAAACGUGUUUAUUUAAGCUUAAAUAAAGUUUGAAAGUAAAGAUAAAGCCAUGCCAAAUGUUCUCAUGGUGGCGGAAAAGCCAAGUUUGGCUGCAUCAUUAGCUAACAUCCUGUCGAACGGGAAAUCUUCUAGUCGCAAAGGAUUUAAUGGAGCAUGCUCUAUUCAUGAAUGGACCGGGAGUUUUCGUAAUCAACCUGCAAAAUUUAAAUUUACCAGUGUUUGUGGUCAUAUAAAUGGACUUGACUUUACUGGUAAAUAUAAUUCAUGGGAUCGUUGCGAUCCCUGCGAUUUAUUUGGAGCUCCAACGGAGAAGAAGGAAGCAACUCCAAAAUUAAAAAUGCCAGCGUUUCUUUCAUCAGAAGCGCGUGGAUGUGAAUAUUUAGUAUUAUGGCUUGAUUGCGAUAAAGAAGGAGAAAAUAUUUGCUUCGAAGUGAUGGACGCAGUAUCUGAUCAAAUUAGAAACAUUCGAUCACCAUCAGUUACAUAUCGUGCUCGAUUCUCUGCCAUUACUGAUAAAGACAUCAAACAUGCUAUGAAUAAUCUCGUUCAACCAAAUGAAAACGAAGCAAGAUCUGUCGAUGCACGACAAGAAUUAGAUUUGCGUGUAGGUUGCGCAUUCACAAGAUUCCAAACGAAAUUCUUUCAAGGCAAAUAUGGUGACUUGGAUUCAUCUCUCAUCUCAUUUGGACCAUGUCAGACACCAACUUUAGGAUUUUGUGUUCAACGACACGAUGAAAUUCAACAAUUCAAACCAGAAUCAUUUUGGUAUGUUCAAGUGACAAUCGAACCAGAGUUGAAGCUUGAUUGGCAGCGUGUGAGAAUCUUUGAAAAGGAAAUUGCAAUGAUUUUCUAUAACAUCGUGAAAGAUCAACGUGAAGCUGUUGUAGAACAAGUGACGUCAAAAGAUAGUUUCAAGUCACGUCCACUUGCACUUAACACCGUUGAACUUAUGCGAUGUGCUUCAGCUGGUUUAGGAAUUGGUCCACAUACAGCAAUGCAAAUUGCUGAGAAACUUUACACGCAAGGCUACAUCAGUUACCCAAGAACUGAGACGACAACUUAUCCGGCAAAUUUUGAUCUUCGUGGUGUUUUAAAACAGUUUGAGAGGUCGAGCGAUUAUGGUGAAGAUGCCAGAAAUAUUCUCAAUGAUUUUGUAACUCCAAGGAAAGGAACUGACUGUGGUGAUCAUCCUCCAAUCACACCAAUGAAACUUGCUCAUAGUAGCGAUUUUGAUAGUGACACUCGUCGUUUAUAUGACUUCAUUGUUCGUCACUUUAUGGGAACAUUGUCAAGAGAUUUAAAGUAUAAAAGCACAACAACGACAUUUAACAUAAAUGGCGAGACAUUCACCGCAACAUCAAAUGUUCUAAUCGAUGCUGGUUACACAAAAGUCAUGACAUGGCAAGCAUUUGGUAAAAAUGAACUUGCGACAUUAUUUCAAGUUGGUGAUCGUGUAAAGAUGAAGGAAGUGAAGCUGAUUGAAUCACAAACAGGUCCACCGUCGUAUUUAACUGAAUCUGAUUUAAUUUCAUUGAUGGAGAAGCAUGGAAUUGGAACUGACGCAUCAAUUCCUGUUCACAUCAAUAAUAUAACGCAGAGAAAUUACGUGACAAUCGAAUCUGGUCGUAAAUUAAAGCCGACAACAUUAGGAAUUGUUUUAGUUCACGGAUAUCAAAAGAUUGAUCCCGAACUUGUGUUACCAACAAUGAGAUCAGCUGUUGAAAAGCAAUUAAAUUUAAUCGCUCAUGGAACUGCCGAUUUUCGUGCUGUCACAAAACAUGCAAUUGAAAUAUUUCGAUUGAAAUUUCUUUAUUUUGUUAAAAAUAUUGCAAAUAUGGAUUCACUUUUUGAAGUUUCUUUCUCAUCGUUAGCUGAAUCUGGUAAAGCUCACUCACGUUGUGGUAAGUGUCGACGUUACAUGAAAUAUAUUCAACAAAAGCCAGCACGUUUGCAUUGUUCACAUUGUGAUGAGACUUAUGUGUUGCCAAUUGGUGGAAUUGCGCGUGUUUAUCGUGAAUUGAAAUGUCCUUUGGAUGAUUUUGAGUUGUUGGCUUGGAGUAGUGGAAACAAAGGUCGAUCAUUUCCUUUCUGUCCUUAUUGCUACAACAAUCCACCGUUUAAUGACAUGUCAAGAGCUUCAGGUUGCAAUAAUUGUACUCAUCCAACAUGUCAACAUUCGUUGAUCAGUCUCGGAGUCUCAUCAUGCAUCGAAUGCGAGAAAGGCGUUCUGGUUCUUGAUUGCACUUCAUCGCCGAAGAAUUGGAAGCUUGGAUGUAACUCAUGCGAUUGUAUUAUUAACAUUUUUGAUGAUGCCGUGAAGGUGAGUGUUGAAGAAGAUACUUGUGAGUGUGGAUCGCAGCUUAUGACGGCAGUUUAUAAGCAAGAGAAGACUCCGUUUCCUGAUGGAAUCACUGAGAAGAAAGGCUGCGUGUUUUGUUCAUCGGAGUUUGCUCCAUUGAUUGAGAAACAUAAAGCAGUUGAAAAUCGUCGCUUGAACUCAUCACGAGGAAGAGGAAGAGGCAGAGGACGAUCACAUCGUGGAAGACCAAAAGUUCCCAAAGACAAAAUGUCACAAUUAGCAGCUUACUUCGUGUAAGCUUUUUAACUUAAAUUGUCAACAUUUCCUUGAAGUUAUGAUCGCAAAUAAAAGAAGAAUAACAAAAACAGAUAAAAUUUUGUUUGUUAUUGUCAUGCGUUGAUAUCAUUAAGAACAGUUUUUGUUGACUUCGCUUGACUACCUGGAAAGAUGCCAAACGGAAUUUUCCUAUGACGACUUUGUCUUGUUUUUAUCGCUCUUUAUGAAUGCAUUCAAGGAAAUUUUUAUAUCAAAAAUCAAAUAUUCUACGUUUGGAUUGACGUAGUGGAGAAAAACAAAGUCAGCUGAAAGAAGAAGAGAUAACAGAA